AUGUGGUUGUGUUUCCUUGCUUUGUCUGUUGUCAGUGUAACCGAUGUCCAAGCCAGACAGGUUCGCAACCAUGUCAGCAGCAUCUGCAGCACUUGGGGCAGAGAGCACUUCAAGACGUUCGACGGCGACGUGUACCAGUUCCCUGGAAUGUGUGAGUACAACCUGGUGUCCGAUUGCCACGAGUCCUACCAGGAGUUCUCCGUGCACAUGAAGAGGACGGACAAAGAUGGAAACCCUACAGUCAGUUAUGUGGUGGUCACCAUCAAUGACCUUUUGUUCCACAUCACCAAGGACGUUGUCACUGUCGACGACAAACCUAUCAAACUGCCAUACUACAAUGCAGGGGUGCAAGUGGAAAAAAAUGCUGUUUACAUCAAGCUCCAAUCUAAAGUCGGCAUCACUGUCAUGUGGAACGGGGACGAUGCAGUCAUGGUAUGA